CUCCCGCUGACGUACAAGACACACGAUGCAUAUAUUGUAGCAAGCCUAAUCGGGCAGCAGGACGUGUUGCGCGGGAGGAGAUUGCGCUAAAAGCACAGCGCUUGCCUUGCGCGCGCCCGGCCUGCGGCUUCACCUGGCACGGGCGUGAGCGGCAGAAGCGCCGCGAAGCAGCAGCAUGGAUGCAGCGGAACUUCAGCCCGGUGCCGUCGCGGAGGAGGCGGUCGCGGCCGUGUGGGCGGCAACGGUCACCGGCGAAGCCCUACGGCCCCCAGCCGCAACCGAGCUGGCUGCCGACGAUUUCCUAGAGGCCCUGCUCGCAGACACGCCCCAGACCUCAGGCAUGGGGCUAGCGGACGCAGCCAUGGGGGAAGCCAGGGGGGAAGCCGGGGCGGCUCCGCCGCUGGCGGCAAUAGGCGAAGCCCUGGCGGGGGUGUUGGAGCCGGGGGCGGGGACUGGGGUGGAGGCACCGGGGACUCAGGCUGUGGCGCCGGCUGACUACCAAUCCACGGCCGCUGCGGCCGUCACGGCCGGCACGGCCGCAGCAGGGUUGCAUGGGGAGCCCACGCCGCCAUCUGCGCAGCAGCCGGCGCAGCCGCCAGCGGCUCAGGAGCAUGCGCAAGCUCAGGACCUGGCCCAAGCUCGGGACCAGGCACCGUCCCCUAUGCAGCUAGACAUGCCGAUGGCGGGUGGGGAGGAGCAGCAGCAGCCGGCGCCUCUGGAGCCGCUGGAGUCACAGCAGCCAACUGCGGCGGAGGCGGCAGUAGCAGCAGCAACAGCAGUAGCAGCAGUAGCGGCAGCGCCGGAGCAGCAGGACUUGAAGCGGCCUCAGCGCUCCACUCGCAAGCGGGUUGAGCCCACCAAGACCAGUGAGCUCACGGACAAGCAACAGCAGCAACAGCAGCAGGCGGCGGCAGCCGCUGCGGCAACGGAGGGCGAGGCGGGCAAGGGCGGCGUCGGCGGCGGCAAGGCGGCGGGGCCGAAGCGCUCCCGCAUCCCGCAGGUGUCUGAGGACCAGCUGGAGGAGGACGUGGCCACUGCGGUGGGUCUGGACCCCUGGGUGCUUGCGGAGGAGGAGGAGGCGCUGCUGGCGGACGUGGAGGCGCAGAGGCCGGGGCAGGCGCCGGUGGGGAGGCCGCAGUACCUCAAGUACCUCAAGGUCCGCAACUUCCUUCUGGCUCUGUGGCGCGUCAACGUGCGGCGGCACCUGUCCAUGGACACCGCCCGCAGCGCCGUGGCGGGGCCCUUCCAGAGGCACGCCGAGAUCGCCUGGACCUAUCUACACACUUACGGUUUCAUCAACUUCGGCACGGCGGCGCUGCCGCAGCCGCCCGAGGCUCAGCACGCCGAGACAGUCAUUGUCAUCGGGGCGGGACUGGCGGGCCUGGCGGCGGCUCAGCAGCUGCGUCAGCUGGGCUACAAGGUGCUGGUGCUGGAGGCGAGGGACAGGCCCGGAGGCCGCGUGCACAGCGCAAGGAUGGAGGCGGGCGGUCUGGCGGGUGUGGCGGAGCUGGGCGGCUCCAUUGUUACCGGCUGCGACGGCAAUCCCCUGGCCGUGCUGGCGCUGCAGGGCGGCAUCCCCGCGCACCGCAUUGCUGACGCCACGCCGCUGUACUGGGACGACGGCAGGCCCGUGGACGAGGACUUUGACCGCGCGGUGACGGAGCGCUACAACGACGUGCUGGAGCGCUGCGACGGCCUGUGCCAGCAGCUGGGCCCCGCCGCCGGCGACCUCAUCUCCAUAGAGGCCGCACUCACAGCGCUGUGGGAGGAGGCCGCAGCCGCAGAGGGCGAGGCGCAGCAGCAGCAGCAGGGGCAGCAGCAGCCGGAGGAGGGGCAGGAGGAGGGGCAGGAGGGGAAGGAGGGGCAGCAGGGGCUGGACAAGGGGGCGAAGGAGGACGCGCGGGCGACGGCGGCGGCGCGGCUGGCGGCACGUCGUGCCGAGGCCGACCAGCUGUUCCACUGGCAUGUGGCCAACCUGGAGUUCGCCAACGCGGCGCGGGCGGGCGAGCUCAGUCUGCGGCACUGGGCGCAGGACGACGCAUACGAGCUGCUGGGGGAGCACGCCUUCCUGGCGGGCGGCAACGGGCGGCUGGUGCAGCUGCUGUGCUCCGACCUACCCGUCCUGUACCGCUGCCCGGUGGCGGAGGUGCGCUACGGCGCCGGCGGCGUGGCGGUGCUGGCGGCGGACGGCGGCUGCUUCCAGGCGGCGGCGGCGGUGGUGACGCUGCCGCUGGGCGUGCUCAAGGCCGGCGACGUGGUGUUCGACCCUCCGCUGCCGGCGGCCAAGCAGGAGGCCAUCCAGCGGCUGGGCUACGGCCGACUCAACAAGGUGGCUCUGCUGUUCCCCCGAGUGUUCUGGGACCCGGCAGUGGACACCUUUGCUGUGGCUGUGCGGGAGCCCGAGCGGCGCGGCGCCUAUUACCUGUUCUACUGCGGCCACCACACAGGCGGCGCCCCCGUGCUGACGGCGCUGGUGGCGGGUGCCGCGGCGGUGGCCAUUGAGGCGCUGAGCGACCGGCAGGUGGUGGCGGAGGUGAUGGCCGUGCUGAGGAACAUAUUCGAGAAGCCGCACGCCGGCGGCGGCAGCGGCGGCGGCGGCGCUGACGGCGGCGGCGGCGGCAGGGCCCCGGAGAAGGUGCCUGAGCCGCUGCAGGCGCUGGUGACGCGGUGGGGCUCCGACCCCUACUCCCGCGGCUCCUACAGCUCCAUGGGCCUCAGCUGCCGCGGCGCCGCCGAGUAUGCGGCCAUGGCGGCGCCGGUGGCGGGGCGGCUGUUCUGGGCGGGAGAGGCCACCAUACACAAGUACCCAGCCACCAUGCACGGCGCCUUCCUGUCCGGGCUGCGGGAGGCCGGCCGCAUCCACUACGCCUUCGCACGAGCGCGACACGGCCUGCCGCCGCGGGAGGACGGCAGCUCGGCACUGGGCUACGCCAUCGGCGGCUCCGGCGACGGCGGCGCCGCACCCUCCGCGCCGCCCACAGGGCCGGCGCUGAGCCACGUGCGGAGGAUGCAGGCUCUGGCGGCCUCGCUGCGCGCCCUGUUUGCCGGCGCCGAGCCCGACCUGGAGUUCGGCUGCUUCAAGGUGCUGUACGGCGGAGCAGCAGCAGGAGGAGCAGGAGCGGGAGGAGGAGGAGCCGGGGGGGAGGGGCAGCAGCAGGACCUGACGCUGCAUGAGUGGGCGCUGGUGCAGAUCGACCUGGGCAACGUGCGUACGAGGAACGUGGGCUCCGGCGCCGCUGCCAACGGCUCCGCAGACGCCAGCGCGGCCGGCGGCGACGGCGCCGACGGCAGUACUGCUGACCCCGCGGCCGGGCCCGCAGGCACAGGCGUCGGCGCCAGCCGCGGCCGCCGCGGCGCCGGCUCCUCCGCUGCCGCGGCGGCGGCGGCGCGCCCGGGGCAUCGGCGGCGGGCGGUGGUGCACCUGCCGCUGCCGCGGCCGGCGGCGGAGGCGCUGUGGUGCAUGCGCGGCGAUGACGCCCGACUGCUGGCGCUGACCAACCGCUUCGGGAUAAAGCUGCCCGGCAUGGGCGGCGGCGGAACGGAGUGGGAUCCCUACGUUGUGAUGGAGGCGCUGGCGGCGCAGCUGGCGGCGCAGCGGCAGGCGGCGGCGCCGCCAGCAGUAGCAGCAGCAGGGCAGGCGCUACAGCCGCAGCAACAACUGCCACCUUUCGGCCCCGGGCAAACGGGGGCGGCGGCGGAGCAGCAGCAACAGAGGAUGCAGUGAAAGCAGCAGGCGCUGCUCAGCUGCGGCGGCGGCGGUAGCAGCGGCUGUAGCAGGAGUGGAUCACUCGAACUGCAUGACUCUCGUGCAUUGUGGAAACUCUGCGUGGGUAUGACAUGAUGAUGGGUGACUUGCACAGUUGUAACUUUCUGCGAUGUGAUUGAAGCAACCGGGGGCCGGCGGCGGCGCCAAGCAAGGCGGAGCACAUGGAACUGGGUGUUCAUCUUCAGCAGGGCUGUGUGGGGAAGGGGCAGGGAAGUCAGCUAGCUACCGGACAGGUUGGAAGGUUGCGGUUGCGUGAGGUGCUAUCGUAGGUUGCGUGUUGCUGCGCGGCGAAGUGUUGAUUGAAGGGUGCCUGAGGCACCACAGCCACCCAGCACUUGAAUAUACGUGCACCCACUGGCGGUAAUGUGGCUGGCUUACUUGUGAUGCUGAGAAGGUGACGCUCCGAGGUCAAGCCAGGUUCGCAGCGAUCCCCGGAUUCCUCCCCGCCCUCCUCACUUGCACCGCGCCAGUGUGAGACGCAACUCUCUCUUGUUACAAUGGCAGGAUCAACUGCAUUGCUUGGCAGGGCAGUACUGCUGUUACUCAGUGAAGUGUA